AUGGCUAUGGAUGCUAGAGAUAGCGAUACAAAAGAAACAAUUACUAAAUAUCUUGAAGAAAAUAUAUCCAAUAUACAAUUCAAAACUUUAAGACCUGGUGAAGUUGAAGCAAGCGAUGAUGAAAAAAUUGAAAUAAUGCGCAAAACUUUGGAAGAUCCUGCUUUGUUUCUUUCGAAAUGGGGAAAAUAUUUGCCGGCAGAUUUAUUAUCAAAGUUUGAGACCUUUAGAAGUAAUGAUUAUGAAGUGAAUUGGUAUUUAAGCCAAUUAGAAAAUGAUCAGAGACAAGAACAAAUAUUACUAGCUUCAAAAAAUCUUGAGCCUAAAAAUCGUCGUAACAAAAAAAUACUUAAUCGUCGAUAUCAGUAUCUGAUUAAAAAUCUUGAUAAUACAGAAUAUCUUAAAGAGCCUGAUGAAAAACAAGUUAGUACUGAUACUGGUGUUUUGGAUUAUUAA